GCCAAUAAAGGCAACGACUGGCUAGGCAGACCUGUACAACACAGGCCGUGUUGUGUGUUAAGGCUUCAUGUUAUCAGAGGAUGUGUGAGUGUCCUGACAUAUAAGGAUGAAGCCUGCCUCACAAUAAGAUCCUAAAAUAAUCUGGCAAGCCACAGCUGAGCCCCCACACACCAGCUCCGUGCCUUUCUGCCCGCCCACCCGCGUGCUCCCUCGAUCGUCUGGCCGUGUGUGUACGCGCGUGUUCGUGAGCACUCAGCUGUCACCAACGCUAGCCAUGAUGACAAAAUUUAGCUAUUACCAAUAUUUGGCCCAGUUUUGUCCCGGUCCUACCAAAUCAUCUUUUCAAAAUACUAAAGAUGAUGAUGAUGAGGUAACGUCGAGACUGCGAGGAGGAGAGAGCAGAGGAAUGAACGUGACGUCACACAUCGAGUAUGUUGACCCAGUGGUCCUGGCCAUCCAAGAGGGGGAUGUUGAGGCUGUUAAGAGGCAGGCAGCAUCUUCUCCUCAAAGUCUGAUGAGGGAGAACAAAGACAGCUGGAUUCCUUUGCAUCAUGCAGCCUUCGGUGGACAGCCCAAGUGCCUGAAGACUUUACUAAAGGCACAUCCAGGAUCUGCAGACAAACGCACCCUGCAGGAACAAACGAGCUUACUACUCGCUGUGUCUGGUCAACAUUUGUCGUGCGUGAAGUGUCUGCUGGAGUUUGGAGCUGAUCCGGAUAUCAGCAGCAAGAACAAAGAAACUCCUUUGUACUUAGCCUGCAGGUUGGACAACGUAGACAUGGUGACCCUAAUCCUUGCCUUCGGAGCCUCCGUGAACCAGCGGUGCACUCAGGGAUGGACAGCCCUUCACGAGGCCGUGUCCAGGAACAACACUGAAAUGUGUGAUGUUCUCGUAGGAGCAGGGGCCACUAUUAACCCCUCCAACACUUACAGCAUUACGCCACUUAUUGUAGCAGCUCAGCUGGGAUGUUUGAAAGCACUGAAUUACCUCAUCGGAAAAGGUGCUGAUGUCAACAUGCAGACUUGUGAUGGUCUCACAGCGCUGCAUGAAGCCAGUAAAAAUGGCCACAAGGAAAUUGUAGCUGUUUUGUUGUCCAAAAAUGCAGAUGCAAACAAGAUGGCUAACUCAGGAUUACUCCCACUGCAUGUAGCAGCUCAGCAUGGACACCUAGAGGUGGUGUGCCUCCUUAUCCCUGUGACGAGUCGCACCAGGCUUCGUCAGAGCCCUGUCAGCCCUCUGCACCUGGCAGCCGAGCACAACAGGCACCGCGUGGCAGCUGCGCUCCUCAAGGCGGGCGCGGACAUCGAUGCCACACUGGCCCCCGCUCGUUCGGCACGUUAUGCCGACGGUCGCACGACGGCCCUCUGCUUGGCUGUCGCCAACGGCUGCACGGAGACGGCCGAGGUCCUCUUGAACGCCGGCGCCGCCACACACCUGGACCCCGUCAGUCCUCUGCUGCUGGCUGUGCACAGGGGCAGUAUUGCCACGGUGUCCAUGCUGCUGCAAAGAGGAGUUGACGUCAAUGCCAGAAUCCCAUCCUGGGUCACGACGUUCCCUGCGGUUGUUGCUCUCUGCAUGGAUAACUUGCCUCUACUCAAGUGUCUUUUGGAUAACGGCUGUGAUGCCCUGUCCUGUUUCUCCUGCCCAUAUGGCAGAGGCCCUCAUCCAGAACAAUCUCACCUGAGAACUACCGGCACCGUGUCCUCCUUCAACUCAAGUGGACUAGCACACGAAGUAACACAGUUCUGUCAAUGGAUUUCUACAUCACUCAUGAGCAAAUGGGCUGGACCCAUCAUAGACUUGCUGCUGGAGCACGUUGCUCAUGUUCAGCUGUGCAGCAAACUUACCCAACUCCUGGAGAGUCGCCAUGAAUGGGUCACUGUGAAAAAGAAGACGUUGUCACCUCGUCCACUGCGUCAUCUUUGCAGAGUGAGUGUUCGCAGCCAAGUGGGCCCACAAAGACUGAGAUUUCUCUCAAGCUUACCUCUUCCAGGAAGACUGAUCAAGUACCUCACUGUGAUGGACUGAUGACAUUAAGACAGUA